AAAAGGCAGGAAGGAAGGGCUUUCAGAGGGAAGUGGCCUGGCCCACAGAUUCUUGUAAACUCCCAAAGCCUUUCUCCUCGGGCCUGGCUGGAACUGCCACUCCAAGGAGAGACCUCUGGACCCUGAGAGAACGCCCACCUGCCCGGGGAGGCUGAGCGCAGCGUAGCUACAGCUGCUCUGAGGCCCUUCAUGAAUCCCCAAAAGAAGGUGGACCUGAAACUCAUCAUCGUUGGAGCGCUGGGGGUGGGAAAGACAUCUCUCCUUCACCAAUAUGUGCACAAGAGGUUUUAUGAGGAAUAUCAGACCACGCUGGGGGCCAGCAUCCUCUCCAAGGUUAUCAUCCUGGACGACACCACUUUGAAGCUACAGAUCUGGGACACAGGAGGCCAAGAGCGGUUCCGUUCCAUGGUGUCUACCUUCUACAAGGGCUCCGAUGGCUGCAUCUUGGCUUUUGAUGUCACCGAUCUGGAAUCCUUUGAAGCCCUGGAUGUCUGGCGGGGUGAUGUUCUAGCCAAGAUCAUUCCCAUGGAGCAGUCUUACCCCAUGGUGGUGCUGGGUAACAAAAUUGAUCUGGAAGACAGGAAGGUGCCCCUGGAGAUGGCCCAAGGCUGGUGUGAAGAAAAGGACAUGCCCUACUUUGAAGUCAGUGCCAAGAAUGACAUCAACGUAGUGCAAGCCUUUGAGGUGCUGGCCAGGCAGGCUCUGUUAAGGUACCGAGGCAUCUUGGAGAAUCACCUUGCAGACUCAAUCAAACUCACGCCCAGCCAGGCAAAGAGCCGCUGCUGCUGACGGAGAUUCCCACUCUGCACUCCAGAGACAGAGCCACUGUGGGCCCACGGUCCUGGCCGUCCCGCCUGUCCUCACCCAGCCCAGGAGGCUGGGGCCCUGUGGCCAGAGAGAGCCCUUGAGCAUUGGCUGGGCCCAGAACCAAAGCGCCUGGCCUUGCCUGGGCCUGAGUCCAGCGAGGCCAGGGCUGGGCCUCCAGGGACCCAGAGGAAACCCAGAGAGGCACAGGGGAGUCCCACAAGUGGCUCUGACCAUCAUUAAACACAGUCCUGCUGCAGAACACACACCCCUGCAGAGAGCCCCGUGGCCUCUGGAAUCCUGUGGACUGGCUCCUCCCCUCAUGCCACACAGCUCUGAGCAGGGCACUGCGCAGCCUCCCUCAGCACCUGGGCUGAGGAUCAGGGCCCGGCUCCACCUGGCAGAGGCUGGUGCAGGUGUGUGGGGAGUAGGGGACGUUGCCAUGGACUUGCUCGCUGCUGCCCGCUCUGUGCUCAGGCAGCUGGCAUGUAUCUCUCAAGCCUCAGGUGGCUCAUCUGCCAAACGAGGACUGGAAGCUGUCCUUAAAUCUCACUGCUGCCGCUGCUGUGCACUUGUUUACCCCUUCAGUGGAUAUUCUUGAGUACCAACUAUAUCCUUUGCACUGAGGUCCAAUGAUAAAACAGAAUGGAGCCCCAUCUCUCUCUAAGAGUCUACAACUGCUGAGGAAAAGGCCUCAGACACAGAACCUAAACAGGUGUUUGCCAAGGCCCAGUAGAUGUCAUGAGCAACAGGACAAAGGCAAGGGCUGGGAUGAAGGGGUCGAGGAGGGAUCCCCUGAAGAGGCGGCAUUUGACACCAGGGCUGCAAGAAAAGCACCUCAGAGGGAAAGAAUAGCAGGACAGAGGCCAGGGGCAAGAACCAGCUUGCUGUUCUCUGAGAACAGUGAAGGGAAGUUCAUUCUCCUGAAGUCUCAAAGCUGCAUUCCCAGUGACAGGCAUGGGACUCGGCCCCCAAGAGGAGCUGUGAUGUCCCGGCCACCAGAGGACAGCAGCGCCCCAUUGCCUCCAGGCGAAGAGAGGCUGCUACACCCGCGCUUGAACCUGGUGUCAGGCUCGUGCUGAAAGCAUGUCCCAGCUCUGUGCCUGUUCCACCCAGGUUCAAGAGCCAUGAGAAUUUGAGUUCCUUCAGCUUAGCAAGAAAUGAGCAAAAACUGCAACAUAGGUGAUUUGGGCAAGAAAUCGGAAUCAGAGACAUCCUACAAUUUUUUUUUUUCAUCAGGGAUUGAACUCAGGACCUUGAGCUUGCCAGGCAAGCACUUAUUCCACUGAGCUAUCUCCCCAGCCCCAGAGGCAUCUUAGAAUGAAAAGCCUGAGAGCCACGGAUCCUCUGUCCCUUCAGACUCUGAGGCCACUGCCUGCUUUUUCUUCUGGUUUCAGAGAGUGCAGACAGGGCCAGGCAAAAGAAAAUGGGCAGGCAGAGCUGGGUGCAGUAGCUUUGCCAGCAGGAGCUGUCUGCCUCCUGGCCUAGAAGCUGGGGGAGCAGGAGGGAUCAGCAAGGGGGCUGGGGAGCCCCCACCCAGCUCUGGAGUUUGACCUGACUUGUCCCAGGCACAGUGUGGGGCUGGCAUGGGCCAGGGUGGGCCACAGCACACCAUCCCGGGAUCCCCAGAGGCGAGCCGGGUGUCCUCAUGGGGUUGCAGUCCGCACAUGUGCUGGCCUCCUGGGCGUGUGCACAGCUGCUUAGGCACCACUGUAGACACACAGACCAUCUCUAAUUGGACACCACUAAUAAAUAUGUACUGUG